AUGGCUCGACUCGGAGUAGCAAAGGUUAAGACGGGCUGUGUGACCUGCAAGUGCGUCAGCACGGGCCGGAGAUGCGAUGGCUAUGUGACGCCGCCAACCGGGACAUAUUCCUGGGCUCAGCUGCUUCGCGUCCAUCCGCCUCCGACCCAGGCCGCGUCGGACGCAGAACUCCGGGCCCUGAGUUUCUUCCGCAAAGUCGUCGCGCCCGUCUUGUCCGGGCCCUUGGAUAGUUAUUUCUGGACCCAUCUUGUCUCUCAGGUUUCUCACCAGGAGCUUGCUGCGAAACAUGCCGCAUUGGCCAUCAGUUCGCUGUACGAGAAGUUCAAGGAGGAUCCCCUAGACCGGCACUCGGAGAAGAAUUCCUUUGCGGUUGCGCACUAUAACGAGGCGAUCAAACACCUCCGAACAACGAAUAACCAGGAGACGGUCCUGUUCGUGUGCAUCCUCUUUGUGUGUAUCGAUAUGCUCCGCGGCGAAUGCAAGGGUGCCAUCGACCACUGCAGGCAUGGCAUCAACAUCUUGAAUGGGUCCAAGUCCACGUCGCGGUUCGUUCGAGAGCACCUAACGCCGGCUUUCUGUCGCCUUGGAGUGUUCCCUUUCUUCUUCGGUGCCCGACCGGAAACGUUUCCGGCCAUACCAGACUCGUAUCCAGUUCCAGUACCUCCGUUCUACAAUUUGAAGCAGGUUCAAGCGGCGCUGGACCCGUUACUCGUGCGCGCGAUUCGCUUCGUGCGGGCUGCUGACGAGUAUCGCCUCGGUGAUGAGACGCAUCCCAAGCCAGAUCUGUUGACAAUGCAGGAGAGAGAUGAGAUCGACGAACUGCUAGAUGACUGGGCUGCGGCAUUUCAAGCGUAUAUGGUGCAGAAGUCCCCAAAUAAUUGCCAGCGCGCCGCCAUGCGAGAGGAGCUCGUCGAACGCUUGCUCGAGAUGAAGUGGCACGUGGGCAAGAUUUGGCUGAGCACAUGUUUCUCUCGCGGAGAACUGGUGUACGAUUUGCAUCUGGAUAAGUUCCAACGGAUCAUCGACCUUGGCCGUGAAGUGGAAGCCAUCUUCCGAGAAAUGUGGCAGAGGAUCGGUCGGGCCAAGUUCACCUUUGAGAUGGGCUUCAGCCCUCUGCUGGGAUUCGUCUUUAUCAAGUGUCGGUCCUUGUCAUUGCGCAUCGCUGCUUUAGGUCUUAUGAAGACGAUCGCGCACGAGAGGGAGAAUCUCUGGGACUUCAACACCGUUCUGGCGUUCGGGCGCAAGAUUGUCGAGUUUGAGCACGAGCUGGACCUCGGACACGAUGAGGAUAUUGCCAAUGUCGUCGACGACGGUACAUUGCCACCAGAAGGACGGCGAAUUAAAGAUUCGGCUAUGCAAAAUGAGGUACGCUUCGUUCACGAGAAGAAUGGAGCCAUCUCCAUGUGGAAGAAGGUGGCUCUCUUGAUGAGGGAGCACGGAGGGCCUAUCACUGUCCAAGAAGAGUGGUUUCGAGUACUAUUGAAGCGCAAGCCAUGA